GGAGAAGGGAGCGCGUCCGCCCGGCCCCCGCCCCGCAGAAUGGACUGCUGAAUUGGGAUUUAUUGCAGACUCAACUGUACGGAGCUGCUCGUUGUUUCAUCUAUUACUAGUUAUUUAAAUUGGACUUUUAAUAUCCUGCCAGCUGCUGUCCACACACACAUGGUGCAUUGUUGCCAUUCUCAGAAUUGCAUCUUUGAAACCCAGGCCCUCAGUAACCUUCAUCGAAGAAAGAGGCGACCUCCUGCGUACAUUUGUAGAGGGAGUUUUUGGCCCUGCUGCCCUCUGGCUUUCUGGCUGGUGCUGUAUUUCUGAGACACUAUGGAGCCCACUAUGGAGUACUGCUUGGCACAGGUGCUGCAGAAGGAUGUUGGAAAAAGACUUCAGGUUGGCCAGGAAUUGAUAGAUUAUUUCUCAGAUAAACAGAAGUCAGCUGAUCUUGAACACGAUCAGACUAUGCUGGAUAAAAUGGUUGAUGGACUGGCCACUUCUUGGGUAAAUUCCAGCAAUUAUAAGGUGGUUCUCCUGGGGAUUGACAUCAUCUCCGCACUUGUGUCCCGCUUGCAAGAUCGCUUCAAGGCCCAGAUUGGCACAGUGCUGCCAAGUUUACUUGAUAGGCUGGGAGAUUCUAAGGACUCAGUGAGGGAGCAGGAUCAGACCUUGCUGCUGAAAAUCAUGGAACAGGCUGCUAACCCUCAGUAUGUGUGGGAUAGGAUGCUAGGAGGAUUCAAACACAAGAAUUUUCGGACAAGAGAAGGGAUUUGCCUCUGCCUUAUUGCAACACUCAAUGCAUCUGGAGCUCAGAGUUUAACACUGAGUAAGAUAGUGCCACAUAUAUGUAACUUACUUGGAGAUCCAAACAGCCAGGUUCGAGAUGCAGCAAUAAACAGCCUUGUGGAAAUUUACAGACAUGUUGGUGAACGUGUAAGGGCUGAUCUCAGUAAAAAAGGAUUACCCCAGUCUCGGUUGAAUGUAAUUUUUACGAAAUUCGAUGAGGUCCAAAAAUCUGGAAACAUGGUCCAGACUUCAGUGGAUAAAAUUUUUGACGAUGAAGACUCCGUGGAUGGGAACAGACCUUCCUCAGCCAGCUCCUCUACAUCUUCAAAGGCCCCUGCAAACUCACGCAGAGUUGGGAUGGGCACUACCCGCAGACUUGGCUCUGCAGCUCUGGGCUCCAAGUCCUCAACAGCCAAAGAGGGAGCAGGUGCUGUGGAUGAAGAAGACUUCAUUAAGGCAUUUGAAGAUGUCCCAACAGUUCAGAUUUAUUCCAGCCGGGAUCUUGAGGAAUCCAUAAACAAGAUCAGAGAGAUACUAUCAGAUGAUAAACAUGACUGGGAACAGAGAGUUUCUGCGUUGAAAAAGAUCCGUUCCUUACUUUUGGCUGGAGCUGCAGAAUAUGAUAACUUCUUCCAACACUUAAGACUUUUGGAUGGAGCAUUUAAAUUAUCUGCUAAAGACCUGCGGUCUCAAGUCGUACGAGAGGCUUGCAUCACGUUGGGACAUUUGUCAUCAGUUCUGGGAAACAAGUUUGACCAUGGGGCAGAAGCCAUCAUGCCAACAAUUUUUAAUCUAAUUCCAAAUAGUGCCAAAGUCAUGGCCACUUCUGGUGUUGUAGCAGUUAGAUUAAUCAUUCGACACACGCACAUCCCUCGGUUAAUACCCAUCAUAACCAGUAAUUGUACCUCCAAGUCUGUUGCAGUUAGAAGGCGCUGCUUUGAAUUUUUAGACUUGCUGUUGCAGGAGUGGCAAACGCACUCCUUAGAAAGGCACAUAUCAGUGUUAGCUGAAACUAUAAAGAAGGGAAUUCAUGAUGCAGACUCUGAAGCCAGGAUAGAGGCAAGAAAGUGCUACUGGGGUUUCCACAGUCACUUCAGCCGGGAGGCAGAGCAUUUGUACCACACCUUGGAGUCUUCCUACCAGAAGGCCCUGCAGUCCCAUUUGAAGAACUCUGACAGCAUUGUGUCCUUGCCGCAGUCGGAUCGCUCCUCCUCCAGCUCCCAGGAGAGUCUCAACCGUCCGCUGUCUGCCAAAAGAAGUCCUACUGGAAGUACAACAUCAAGAGCAUCUACAGUAAGUACAAAAUCUGUGUCAACACCAGGAUCUCUGCAGCGAUCCCGCAGUGACGUCGAUGUGAAUGCAGCAGCUAGUGCCAAGUCAAAAGUGACGUCUUCUGGAGCAUCCACCCCCUUCAGUUCUGCUGCAGCCUUGCCCCCAGGGUCAUACGCAUCACUAGGUCGGAUUCGCACCAGGAGACAGAGCUCUGGCAGUGCCACAAGUGUCACCUCAACACCUGCUGAUACUCGAGGCCGCAGCCGGGCUAAAGUAGUCUCUCAGUCCCAGCCUGGUAGCCGGUCUAGCUCUCCGGGUAAGCUCUUAGGAAGCUCCUAUGGUGGCCUGAGCAGUGGAGCAUCCAGAGUCCAGCCAGUGCCAUCAUCCUCAGAGAAGCGCAGCAAGAUUCCUCGGAGCCAGGGAUGCAGUCGGGAGACGAGUCCCAACAGAAUAGGCCUAGACCGGUUUGGACUCGGACAGCCAGGCAGGAUGCCUGCUUCUGUGAAUGCCAUGCGAGUCCUGAGCACCAGCACAGAUCUGGAGGCUGCUGUGGCCGAUGCACUGCUGUUAGGAGACUCCAGGAGCAAGAAAAAGCCGGUGAGAAGAAGAUACGAGCCCUAUGGGAUGUACUCUGAUGACGAUGCCAACAGCGAUGCAUCCAGCGCCUGCUCGGAGCGCUCCUAUGGCUCCAGGAACGGGGGCAUUCCACACUACCUGCGGCAAACUGAAGAUGUGGCUGAGGUCUUGAACCACUGUGCCAGCUCCAACUGGUCUGAAAGGAAAGAAGGGCUCAUAGGUCUUCAGAAUUUACUGAAAAGCCAGCGGACACUGAGCCGAGUGGAGUUAAAAAGGCUGUGUGAAAUAUUUACUCGCAUGUUUGCUGACCCUCACAGCAAGAGAGUCUUCAGCAUGUUUCUGGAAACCCUGGUUGAUUUCAUCAUCAUUCAUAAAGAUGACUUGCAGGAUUGGCUUUUUGUUCUCCUGACCCAGUUGCUAAAGAAAAUGGGAGCAGAUUUGUUGGGGUCUGUGCAGGCAAAAGUUCAAAAAGCUUUGGAUGUCACCAGGGAUUCUUUUCCAUUUGAUCAGCAGUUUAACAUUUUGAUGAGGUUUAUUGUAGAUCAGACCCAGACACCAAACCUGAAGGUCAAAGUUGCUAUCCUGAAGUAUAUUGAGUCCUUGGCAAGACAGAUGGAUCCAACAGACUUUGUGAACUCCAGUGAGACAAGACUUGCUGUAUCUAGAAUUAUAACUUGGACUACAGAACCAAAGAGCUCAGAUGUGAGAAAGGCAGCACAAAUAGUCCUGAUUUCUCUCUUUGAAUUGAACACUCCUGAGUUUACCAUGUUACUUGGUGCCUUGCCAAAAACAUUCCAGGAUGGUGCUACCAAGCUCCUGCACAACCACCUCAAGAACUCCAGUAACACCAGUGUGGGUUCCCCCAGCAAUACCCUUGGUCGGACUCCUUCCCGGCACUCCAGCAGCAGAACCAGCCCCCUAACUUCACCCACCAACUGUUCCCAUGGUGGACUGUCUCCAAGUAUGCUGGAUUAUGACACGGAGAACCUAAACUCUGAUGAAAUCUACAGCUCUCUUCGUGGAGUCACAGAAGCGAUUGAGAAAUUUAGUUUCCGUAGUCAAGAGGACCUAAAUGAGCCAAUCAAACGUGAUGGGAAGAAAGACUGUGACCUUGUGUCUCGAGAUGGUGGCCUUGCUCUCCCUAGUGGUGAUGUCCGUGGGAGCAGUGACAUUGUGGAAGGCGGAAGGAUGGCUCUGGAUAACAAAACCUCCCUCCUGAACACGCAGCCUCCCCGCGCCUUUUCAGGGCCCCGUGCUCGGGAGUACAACCCCUAUCCUUACGCUGACACCAUUAACACUUACGACAAGACUGCCCUGAAGGAAGCAGUGUUUGAUGAUGACAUGGAUCAGCUUCGAGAUGAAGUACCCAUUGACCAUUCGGAUUUGGUGGCUGAUCUUCUGAAAGAGCUCUCCAACCACAACGAGCGGGUGGAGGAGCGGAAAGGAGCUCUCCUGGAAUUGCUAAAGAUCACAAGGGAAGAUAAUCUUGGAGUCUGGGAGGAGCAUUUCAAAACCAUUCUGCUCUUGCUGCUGGAAACGCUUGGAGACAAAGAUCAUUCGAUAAGAGCCCUGGCGCUGCGAGUCUUGCGGGAGAUCCUGCGGAACCAGCCGGCGAGGUUUAAGAACUAUGCGGAGUUGACUAUCAUGAAAACACUGGAAGCACAUAAGGAUUCCCACAAGGAGGUCGUCAGAGCUGCUGAAGAAGCUGCUUCCACCCUGGCGAGUUCCAUCCACCCUGAGCAGUGCAUCAAGGUGCUUUGCCCCAUCAUUCAGACUGCAGAUUAUCCAAUUAACUUAGCUGCCAUCAAAAUGCAAACGAAAGUCAUCGAGAGGAUUUCCAAGGAAUCGUUGCAUCAGCUCCUACCCGAUAUCAUUCCUGGGUUGUUACAGGGUUAUGAUAACACAGAGAGCAGUGUCCGGAAAGCCAGUGUAUUUUGCCUAGUGGCUAUUUAUUCAGUAAUUGGAGAAGAACUGAAACCUCAUCUCGCACAACUCACAGGAAGCAAGAUGAAGCUACUAAACUUGUAUAUAAAGAGGGCACAGACCACCAACAGCAACAGCAGCUCCUCUUCAGAUGUUUCAACGCACAGUUAAUGGAGAUCUGUGGACAUAUGUGUAGACUUAGAAGCAAUCAACGGUGCCUCUCAGAGACCUUUCUGCUACUCUUCACUGGCGCGCUCCAUCAGCUUAAGGAGGCCUUGCAGAUAUUUAUUGCAAUCAGUAUUUUAGUCCCUUAAAGCUUUUAUGUAGAAUCUUACUGGUAUUGAAUGUAAAGGAAGCAAGGUCUGUGUCGCAGUCUUCAUUAAAAGUGAACAUCAGAAAGCCAUACUUAAACAUAUUUGUAUAGCCUGCUGAAAUCUCAGAAAUAUGUUUAGGUUAGCAUUCUAACUCCGAGUCCAAGAUUCUGGACACAUGUAAAAGUCAAACAAAUCUUGUUGGUUUAGUUCAUACCCAGUUUUGGUUUCUGUGUGCUAGUUACCUGCUCUCUCCCCCACCCAUUCUGGCUGGGUCCUUCUCUUCUUUCAAGUCUUGUGUUCCUGUUUUGUACUCCCUGUUACAGCUUGCCUAACUUGCAGGGCCCUCCAUGGGGAGAUCUUUGCAGGUGCGGCUGUGAUUCCAGCCUCAGAUGCUUUAAUACUGAGAGAUACCAAGUGAGUAAUGAAAACGUAGGUUCUUUUUAAACAUCUGAGUUUUGUACAUAGUUCUGACAGACCCUGGGUGGGCUGAUCUCUCUGUAACUGCUCUCCAGCCAGCUGUGCUGUGCAUAACAGCUGGACUCGUGCUCUCUUCAUUGGCUUUGUAAAUACUUCUCCCCUCUCAACCCAUUUGGCUCUUUCAUAAGUUCAAAAGACUCUCUAGGUUACCUUUUACUCCCCGAAGGGAACCCGAGACCCAGUUCUGGGACUGAGGUCUGCAGAUAGGGUGGUGGGGUUAGGUGGGUGGGGUUGGGUUGUGCUCUGAGUGUGUCAGUGGGUGGGCAGUGGGAGCUGGUAGAGCUGUACCUCAGUGCCAGCUGUUUUCCUUGAAAUCUGUAGCAUCAAAGGGCUGAUCUACUGCUCUGACUGACCCACUGGUGCUGGAUGGCUUUGUCCCCACAACUCCUUUGCACUUUCAGCAAAAUGUACAUCCCAGAGGACAGAAAGGGUGUCUGAAUCUGAACAGAAAUACCACGUGGAAGUGCUUCUGAGCCAGCUGGGACAGUGCUGGUUGCCUGCCACAGCCCGUCCUGUUCCUGAAGACCCUGCAGUGCUGUUAACUCCCUUUAGAAAGCUCCUUUGUGGCCAUCUCCAUGCACAGGUUUGCUGAGUGCUCUGCAUUUCAGAAGAGUGGGGGUCCCUCACUGGGCACUGCUGGCAGCCAGGGUGGUGUGGGUGAGGGUGCAGCAGGAAAAAUCCUUUUGCAGCCUAAUGACUCAGACCAGGUCAGAGGCAAACCAGCAGCAAUCAAAUACCCUGUGGCACUGCCCUUCCCUGAACAGAGACCCUUCUGUUUGCAAAGGGAGAGCUCCCCCUGGCUCUGCCUGUAAGCAGGGAAGGCAGGAGGUUGCUAAUGUACAUGCUGUGUUUGGUCCUGGGCUGGAUCCUGGCUGAUGGGCAUGCCCACCCUAAAACUGCCAUGGAUCACAAGCUGGGGUUUUGCCCCCAGUGCCACAGGAAGGUGGUGGGCCUUGGGCCUGCAGCUUAUGGCUGCAGCUGUGGUGAUGCAUGUGCAUUCCCUGGCUGCACUCAGUGCCCUGGAGUCUCUCCAGCUUCCUCCAUCUCCCCUUUAGGGAGCUGAAGGGACACAUUAGCAACAUACUGAGAACAUGAGACUCCAUUACUGCAGCAAGGGAGGGUAAAGCUCCUUCCAUCAUUAUCCCUGUGUGUUUCAGCCCCAUCCCUGAGGAACUAAGCUGGGAGCUGACACUUGGUGCCAGCUUUUCUCCCAGUCCUUGUCUCAGGAGGGAUUUGGGCUAGUGGAGGACUGUGUGGCACUGGGCUGCAAAGUUUGCUGGUCCCUUUCCCUGCUCACCUGAGAGCAGGGGAGGUGACCUGCUCCUGUUACAUACAUGUGCAGGCUUUUGCUGGCUGCAGGACUAGUUCCCUCAUCUUUCCCAACCAGUAAUGCUAUGGCAGGAGAAACCGUGUGCUUUCCUGGGGUGUGGGAUUCCCCCAGGGUCUUUAUGCAGGCUCAGAAAAGCCAUCCUCACUUAAAGGGGGGGAUUGGCUGCUCCAUGGUUCGUGUCUGCCUUUCCGUGGACCAUUUAUUUUUCACAUCUUUCUGUAUGCUUGUUAGAAUGCUCUUUUUCGAUUUUUUUGAAUGCUUCAAAUUUUAUUUUAACACAAAUUUAUUUUUCCUUUUGAGGAAAUACUUAGUUGACUUGUUGGCAGCAGUUAAGCUGUCUUGUUUGAAUUUUUAUUAGCGGGCUAGGGGGUUUUUGGGGUGUUUUUUUGUUUUGUUUUUUUAAUUGUGCUCUUAAUUGCUUAGUAUUUAUGCCUCUCUUUCUCCCCAUCUCAGCUCAUCAUCUUCUGUUCCAGUUCUGGGGUUCAAAAGGUCAGCAUAGCUGGCCAGGUGGUGUUAGUCCCUCCCAGCUGUGAUGGAGCUUGGUCUAUCAUCAUUUGCUGUUUGUUGGUCUUGAUUUUUUUUCUUUCCAUUGAAUGGCACACUGUAGCAAAUCUCCAGGAAUUUAAUUCCUUCUCAAAUGAUUUUAUAUGUUUUAUAAAAUCCUGUUGGUAUGCACUGAGAGUGAACACACUGUAACGUCCCUGACACCUCAGUCGGGGUCAAAGCUCGUCCUUGAAAAGGCGCCUGCGGCCAGCCUGCACUUCCCGAGGCCACUGGCACGCCCGGGGCUGCAAAGGGUAGACUCAGGCCUUACUUCCUGAAUCAGAUUCAGUUCUGUUUGUCAACAGAUGCUCAUUAAUGUGCUACUUAAUUCCAUUGCGUGAGUCGAGGACUGUCCAUCCUUUGAGUACUCUAGGAUAUGUUCUACCUGUACACAGUAGGAGCAUUCUGCUUAGGUAUUUAUGAAUCAUUGCGGAUAAUGUACAUAGUUAGGGUUGUUUAGUAUGUUGAACAUGACCCAGUUUGGUUUUUUUUUGUGUUUCCUUUGAAGUACUCAAAGGGCUAGCUCUGAAUGUCACCUCUCUGAUCUCCAGUUUUAACUUCAACAAGCUGUACAAUCAUCUUGUUCUCUCUUCAGCAAGCAUAAAGGUCUCUCUGGCUACAAAUCAGUGUCCACGCACGCUUGCAGAGGAAGGUCUGCAUGCUGCAGUGCCUCACUGCUCCGGUGAAGCUUGUGUUCACCUUCUCCUGGCAGUAGCCACCUACUGCAGCUGCCUUUUUUUUUUUCUUGCUGCCCAUUAUGCAGGGCUUCAAUUUUUCGUACCUUUAAAAAAAAAAAAAAAAAAAAGGGAAAAUAAAAAAGAAAGGAAAAAAAAAAAAAGAAAAACAAGUGUAUUUUCUUUGUCCACCAUGCUUUAAAAAUCUGAAUGGGAGAAAACUCUCAGCAGACAGCAGCUCUUGGCUGCAAGGUUGCCGAAAUCUCAGAUGUGGAUGUUUUUUCUGCCAUUGGCUGCACCAGUGCUCCGUGGGCAUGGGCAAGUCCCAGCUCCAUCUGCCCCACAGGUCUACGUACUGUAGUUCUCAUGUAGUUCAGAAAUACCGAGGCAUGUGGCUUUCUUAAGGUACACUAUGUGUGCUUGCCUGGAUUACAAUACAAUACGAGACUGUCUUUUUAACUGCUUACUACUAGCUUAUCAAUAACCUGUAUAAGUAAUGUAACUUGCAUCUUUGUCAUCAGAACUUUUUCUCCCCACCCCUUUAUUUAUCAAACAUAAUAUUACAUAUUAAGGGACAGAAAAAUAGACCUUUGUAGUACACAGCAGGACGUUGCUAACAAUGUUUUAAAUGGGAAGUAAAAAAAGCUCUGAAAAAUGCCAGCCAUGAGAAAUUACUUUGUUGGCACCGUGUUCAUGCGCAUGUAUUUUUUUCUAUUUUUUCUGCUUUUGUCAUGUUACAUCCAUAUCUGUAUUUAUAUCUUAUUUGUUUCACUUUUGAGUGUAUCAUGGCAAUUGUACAGAUGUUUUUUGUUAACAUUUAUGUGAUAGAAUUUGCUAAAAAAAAAAUUAAAAUAAAACCUUUUGAGUUUGCCCUAGAA